AUGGUUGCGGUGAAAGUGGUGACGGAAGAGGAGCAACAAAUGGUGGCGAGUGAAGAAGAAGAAAAAGAUGAAGAGAAGAGGAAGGAACUGAGGCGCAAAAGAAAAAUCAAAUCUAAAAAUCUUGUUCCGGACCCACGCUCUUCUUAUGUUUAG